AUGUCAACUCACCAUUCAAAUAAUAAUAAUAAUAAUUCAAAUGAUGAUCAUUGCACUUUACAAGCAUCCUCAACACCAUUACCAUUAAAUAUCAUUCAAAGUGGAAAAAUCUCAAAACAAGAAUUACGACAUUUGAUCACCUCAUCAACAACACCAAAUCAAUUAUCAUCACAACAACAACAACAACACUAUAUUUUACUCGAUGUUCGAAGUCAUCAAGAAGUACGAGGUCAUCAUCCACUACUCCCAACAGCAAAACACAUUCCAAUUAAUUUAAUAUAUUCUGCUUUCGAGGCAGAGGAUGAUGAAUUUGAAAUGGAGUUUGGUUUUUGUAAGCCACAACAACAAGAUUUGAUAAUUGUGUAUUGUGAACAUGGUAUCAGAAGUCAAAUGGUUCAACAAAUAUUAACAGAAGAAUUUGGAUAUCAACAUGUGAUUAAUUAUGAAGGAUCAGCUCAUGAUUGGUAUUCUGAAAGGAAUUAA